CUCACGGGCCGGAAGUUGCCCGAUGGGAAGAGAAGAACUGACCGCCGAGUUCCUGUCCAGUGUCCUGCGGCCCCAGGGCUGUGGCCUUGUCAUUGUACGCCAAAACUCUCCUAUCCGCCGCGUUCUCGCCGCCACAGCCUCCAGGGAGCAUGAUGCCCCGCCUGCUGCUGCGCGCCUGGCCCCGGAGCUCUGCCGUAGCCUCGGGAGCCCAGUGUCGGCCCCUGAGCGCCGGCUCUGGGCCUGACCAGUACCUGCAGCGCAGCAUUGUGCCCACCAUGCACUACCAGGACAGUCUGCCCAGGCUGCCUAUUCCCAAACUUGAAGACACCAUUAGAAGAUACCUCAGUGCACAGAAGCCCCUGUUGAAUGAUGCGCAGUUCAGGAAAACAGAACAAUUUUGCAAGAGUUUUGAAAAUGGGAUUGGAAAAGAACUGCAUAAGCAGUUGGUUGCUCAGGACAAGCAGAAUAAACAUACAAGCUACAUCUCAGGUCCCUGGUUUGAUAUGUACUUAAGAGCUCGAGACUCUGUCGUCUUAAACUUUAAUCCAUUCAUGGCAUUCAAUCCUGACCCAAAAGCUGAGUAUAACGACCAGCUCACCAGGGCGACCAACAUGACUGUUUCUGCCAUCCGGUUUCUAAAGACACUCAGGGCUGGCCUUCUGGAGCCAGAAGUGUUCCACUUGAACCCUGCCAAAAGUGACACUAAUACCUUCAAGAGACUCAUACGCUUUGUGCCUUCCUCUCUGUCCUGGUAUGGUGCCUACUUGGUCAAUGCAUAUCCCUUGGAUAUGUCCCAGUAUUUUCGGCUUUUCAAUUCAACUCGUUUACCUAAACCUGAUUGCGAUGAACUCUUUACUGAUGACAAGGCCAGACACCUCCUAGUCCUAAGAAGAGGACAUUUCUAUAUCUUUGAUGUCUUGGAUCAAAAUGGAAACAUUGUGAGUGCCUCAGAAAUCCAGGCGCACCUAAAGUACAUUCUCUCAGACAACAGCCCUGUCCCUGAGUUUCCUCUGGCAUAUCUGACCAGUGAGAACCGAGACGUCUGGGCACAGCUCAGGCAGGAACUGGUGAGCAGUGGCAAUGAGGAGACCCUGAGGAAAGUGGACUCUGCUGCCUUCUGCCUCUGCUUGGAUGACUUCCCUAUCAAGGACCUUGUCCACUUGUCCCACACCAUGCUGCACAGUGAUGGCACAAACCGUUGGUUCGAUAAAUCCUUCAACCUCAUUGUAGCCAAGGAUGGCACUGCUGCUAUCCACUUUGAGCACUCAUGGGGUGAUGGUGUUGCAGUGCUCAGGUUUUUAAAUGAAAUAUUUAAGGACAGCACUCAAUCCCCGGCUAUCACUCCUCAGAGCCAGCCAGCCACUACUAACUCUUCUGUUUCUGUGCAGAAACUCAGUUUCAAGCUGAACAAUGCCUUAAAGACCGGCAUCACUGCUGCUAAGGAAAAGUUUGAUGCCACCAUGAAAACCCUUAACAUCGACUACAUCCAGUUUAAGAGAGGAGGCAAAGAAUUCUUGAAGAAGCAGAAGCUCAGCCCGGAUGCAGUGGCCCAGCUGGCCUUUCAGAUGGCCUUCCUGCGGCAAUAUGGACAGACAGUAGCCACCUAUGAGUCCUGCAGCACUGCGGCCUUUAAGCAUGGCCGUACAGAGACCAUCCGCCCGGCCUCCAUCUUCACAAAGCAAUGCUCCGAGGCUUUUGUCAGGGAGCCCUCCCGGCACAGCACUGGCGAAUUACAGCAGAUGAUGGCCAUGUGCUCCAAGUACCAUGGCCAGCUGACCAAAGAAGCAGCAAUGGGCCAGGGCUUUGACCGACACUUGUUUGCUCUGCGGUACCUGGCAGCAGCCAGAGGGACUACGCUGCCUGAGCUGUACCUGGAUCCUGCAUACAGGCAGAUAAACCACAUCAUCCUGUCCACCAGCACACUGAGCAGCCCAGCUGUGAACAUGGGUGGCUUUGCCCCCGUGGUCCCUGAUGGCUUUGGUAUUGGGUAUGCUGUUCAUGACAACUGGAUAGGCUGCAACGUUGCCUCCUACACAGGCCGCAAUGCCCGGGAGUUUCUCCAUUGUGUGGAGAAGGCCUUAGAAGACAUGUUUGAUGCCUUAGAGGGCAAAUCCAUCAAAACAUAGCUUCUGGGCAGGUGAAAAGCCUCCGUUUCUUCCUUCUCAUGGAAAUCGGGGCCUUUGUAGCCAAUAGGUGCUAUUCUGUACUAAUGAAACUGACCAGGGGUGCCUGAGCAGUGAGCGUUGCAGGUUUGAGCUUGAAAAUCAUGGCUUUGAAGCUAAACAUUUCAUUUCUGAGCAUGACUAGAUCACAACUAAAGGUAAUCAGAGACUUGAGUUUUAAGGGCAUUUGAUCAGAUGUAUUUAUUUAAGCAGAAAUAAAAUUUGUUGCUUGGA